ACGCCAAGGAAAUGCCAUAACAACUUCAUAUUAAUGAAAAAUGGGACACAUCAGACAAGUACGUGCUUGUAAGCAUACGUGCAUUCUGAAUAUUCUACACGUGGGACCCGUAGCAACGACUCAUUAGCUAAAUUGGCUAGACUAGCUUCGUUUUCUGUUCAUUUUGCUAGACUUAGAUGGACAAUCAUCGGUGGGUAGGAAAUCAGUGUGGCUGACAACAAAAUAUGAAGCAGUAAUGACAACUACAGCAUGAUAAUUGCGUAAACAAUUAAGUUCUUUCGUAGAUACAUAUCGCGACCACUAGUAUGACCAUGUGUUAUCCGUCACUGCCGGUAAAGAUCUACAUACAUUGAUUUUCUAAAUGUAUACGAAAAGGGAAAUACAAGUAUUCACUGCAUUACCCUUUGUUUUACAGCUCCCCUAGCUAUACCUUUUAAUAAAGAGUUUAAAAAACCUUUUGAAAUUAAUGAAAAAUAGAAAUCAAACACAUGCAAAGUAGAUUAACGAGUCACUGCAGAAAAAUUGAGUCUGUACACUAAAUUCAUAUGUGUUAUGUGUUUUUUUAACCAUGAACACACAUGCACACGCAUGCACGUGGAGUGUCAUCGAGGCUUGGUAUCCUGUGUUGUCUUACCACGCACAGCGCUGCUGCCAAAAGCUUAGAAACUUUUGUAAAUUGCCUUGAAGCAGGAAAACACCCUCAUAAAAUUAGUCAAACUACGUUACCUGUGGUGAAAAACUUUCCAUUUUUAGAUGAUGUCUUAUAAAUACUUUCUCGUUGUUCUGGAAUAUCUGACACUUUCUUUAAAUUUCGAAGGGUAUCUCUGCCAGUAUAACACAAUAAGCGUCUGCAAUGGCGAAAACCUGCAAAUCAAUUGCUUGGACAACGAGAAGAUCGGAAUUCAACGAGUUUUCUUCGGAGGGAAAUCCCCCGAUUACAACUUGGACUGCAUGUCCCGAGGGAGCAGCGACCCAGCAUGUUGUCGCCGGGGUCAGGGCGACUGUAUCUUCUACAACACAAUCACAGAGACCGUGUUGAAACGAAUGUGCUCAGGUCGUCCUCGCUGCGUCUAUCAGGUCCGCGAAACAAAGAGUAACAGAUGUAGGGACCCUUUGAUCACCAUGUCCGACUAUAUGACGGUGUAUUAUGAAUGCAUUCCAGAUAGUUUAACAGGAAAUAUUUGCUCAGACGACGAAAUACACGCCAAACCACCAAUAUACCUCUCCAAUAAAGACUACCCCCUUCCAAGAACAGGGGCAAGUAACUGCGAAUGUAUGGUUGUAAAGAACCCAACAUAUACAACGCUUAAACUGACAGCAAUAGAAAUGCACAUAUUCGACUCUCGGUGUUCAAUGUCAUUGGUCAUAGAAACCGGGGACGGUGAAGAAAUUUCAUUCCCGUGUAAUUAUAAACUUGAAGGAUACAGAAAAUGGAAGGAUUUAAGUUCGGAAAAUACAACUUUCACCCUGUCCAAUUCACAACAACAAGGAGACGCUUAUCUUUGGAUGGAAAUAAGUUCUCAAACAAAAUCGGAAGACCUUAUAAGUUUGUAUUGUGGAGAAUCGCUAAGAAAAUAUCUGAAUCCAGAGUCGAUUUCACCUAAAUCAACGGUAACAUCAUCAACGGGAACAUCAUUAGAAACGACUACAGCAUCAAACUUUGUAACAGAAGAAUUAUCAUCAGAGCAACCGAUAACAACAAAUGAAACGCCAAAUGUUCCGGUACGAACAACCACGGAAAAACCGGCAACGGAGAAAGUAGUGAUCAUAACAAGCGGUAAUGUGACAACUGAACCCGAAUUGAUACCUGAAAAAGGCACAACAAUGAAACUUACAACAACCCAAAGCACAAUGAAACCCUCAAAUACCAAAACCACAAUGAAAUCUACAACAGCCCAAACCACAAUGAAAUCCUCAACUACCCAAACUACAAUGAAACCUACAACAACCAAAACCACAAUGAAACCUGCCACAACCAAAACCACGAUGAAAUCUUCAACAACCCAAACCACAAUAAAACCUGCCACAACCCAAACUGCAACAGCUAAACAAAAUACAGUAACAACAUCAAAUGGAACUAAAUCAAUCCAAAGUACUAAUCUAUCGACAGCUAAAAUAUCUACCUCUCCCGCUACCAACAGCUCAACCUCCUCUCCUCACACCCCAGAAAGAGUACCGGUUUUCUCCACAUCGGUUACAGCAUCCAUAGUUCCUUAUUAUACUUCUUCUCCAGACAAGGAGACCCCUUACUGCUUCGAUACGUGUCACGUGACUGUUGGAAACGGAUUCAGCAUGAGUUUAAAGUCUUUCUUAAAUCCGUCAAAAGUAGAUAAAUUCUGUAGGAAAAUAAAUGAUAUAAUUUCCUGUUUUGAAUCCAAUCUGGCGCAGUGUUCACCGUUGGAUAAAACCAAGGCUGAUAAGGAACUACGGGCUAACUUAGCAGGACGUCGAGUCGUUUGUGAAGACAGGUCUAGGGUGAUUCAGACUUUUGGAACCUGUUACAGCAAUAAAAAGACAUUUAAACGGGAACUAGGAUCAUGUGACGGUUUACUAUAUCCAUUUGCUGAUGGGAAUACGGGAGAAAAGUGCAAGAUUAAGAGAGAACUGGAGAACUGUGUGAUAAUGGCGGCGAAGGAAUGCGAGAAUGAUGAAGUGACGGAGCACAUAAAGAUCAUCUCCAACGGAUUAUUCGAUUACUUGUACAAAACUCAAGAUUGCGUCGAAGAAUCAAGUAAGGAUGAAAAAGAGCACACACCUGAACCGGAAAUUAAAUCAGCAGAAGGCUUAGAUAGUGACGACAAUGAGGAUAGUAACAACGGAAAAGGCGCAGGUUCCACUGUUAGAAAACAUUCUUACACUUUUUAUUCAGCCAUUACGGUUCUUUCAAUAGUAUUUUAUCGUUGUUUGUCCUAUUGAUAGAGUAUUAAGUAAUUUGGCUUAGAAUGAUAUAUUUGGUAUAAUUCAUUUUGUUAGUGAUGUACAAGCAUAAAGCAGACACCUUAAUGUGAUAACAAAUCAAUUCAUUCUGAUGGAAAAAGCGCCUAGCGCAGACAAAUUGAUGGAGAAAUAUUUUUAACUGAGUGACUUGGUGAAUGCAUGUUUACAAGCAAAUUGUGCGUCCUCAGGAUAUAUCUGUGUAUUAUCAUUGGAGAGUGUAUUUGAUUUUAAAAGAUACUUUGUCAUAUAGAUAUACAGCUAGUUUUAGAUUUUUAUUUUUUAACCUUUUGUAUUCUCUUUGUAGAAAUCCGAAACCUUAUCUAAGUAUAGUUAAAACCACUAGAACUUGAUAUGCGUUUACUUUCUAUAAUUCAGUCCUUAACUUUCUUUUGUUCUUAUAGAUAAAGUGUAGAAUAUACUGAAAAAGUGCAAAGCAAGAAAUUUUCACAAGAAACUGAAAGAAUACCCUUAUUAUUUUCAUCUUCAACAAACAUUUUAGUUUUGAAAGGCUCAUUUUUCAGAAAAUAAAAUCCCCACAUUCCAAUACAUCAAAUUAGUAUGUUACAUUCAAGGUUUAUAAUUCAGCAAGUUUAAAACUACCGUCGAAAUUGGAAUAAUUUUGAAUUUGUUGAAUUACAGCACGGUCAAUUACAAGUCCACCAGCACGUAAAUGUAAAUAAUACGCAUCUAAUCACAUGUAGUGGUCAUAAAAGUUGUCUUGACAAAGAAAAAGAAACAGAAUCUUGAUAAAUAUUGGUAAAUCAAUGCAGAGGUAUGUUUCCCAGGAAGUUUAAAUAGUUCAGGGAAGGGAAAAGGUUUCCUAUACCUUUAUUACCCCAACCCCUGUCUUUUUACUCAAUAUAAUUUUUUUUGCAUAACCAUAAGAAAAUAAAUCUACAAGCAAAACAAAUAAUAAAAGAAACCAAACCAAAUAAACCAAAACCAAAAACAUUUUUAAAAAAUCCUUCAAAAAACCCAGUCUAUCUUGUUCUUAUAAUCUAACUUCAAAAAUCACAAAUGCAAACCCCCCUAAACACACAUUAUGAUAAUCCGUAUAUAGGAGAAGAAGUCGAGUUUUACAAAUAAAGCCUUUUUAUUCUUUCUCAUUCCUACCGGAUCCGUAUUUUUUUUUAGGGCGGGUGGGAGCAAUGUCUAUUUCUUGUAGUAACGUUGUCUACAAUACCUAUUUUUUGCAGCACUCAACCGUAUCUUCAUAUUUUUGAUUCGGGGUGUACGCACAUCUUAUAAUCAGUAGUUGUUGUGAGGAAUCUAGUUUACAAUGUUGUAUUAAUAAUGUUUUAAUUUGUAACUGUUUUCGAUUCUUACGCCCUGUGUUCUAAAACCAUUUAAACAAUUUUCUUAAAUCAACAGUCUUUCAAUAUUUUAUUGCAAGUACUUGUAAUCGAUAAUUUCAUGUGAUAACUUUUCAUUUACUUUUCUUAAUGCUUUCUACGAUGCCGGAACUUUUUUCUUUUUUAUAAGAUCAUAAAUAGCUGGAAUGGGUUUAUACUGUAAUUGGUUUAUACGAGAAUUGUUUAAUGGAAAAGUAAGAAGAUUUCUUAUCGUGCAAUAUAUUAAAAUAACUGAAACCCUGUGAUUGAUUGAGAGUUUUGAGUGAUAACUGUAGUCUGUAGUUUUUUUCAUGUUUUAAUUAAUGAGUAAUGAUAAGUGUUGUUACUUAUUCCCCUACUCUGUGUUACACAGUCCAAUCCCUAAAUGUUUAGAUCGGAACAAUAAAAAUGAUCCGUAAAAAAUCCAACAGUGUUGCUGUAUUUUA